AUGCCAAGGAUUAAGGAUCUGGAGGGAGCAGGAGGUGUGGAGGGACGAGAGACAGGAGAGGCAAUGAAAGGUGGGAAGGGUGUGGGGCCUGCAGAGACAGGAGAGUGGAUCGAAGAGCAGGAGAAUCUGAGGGUGGCCGUGCAGGAAGCCAUUUCAGAGGCUGUAGCAGAGGGAUUGCAGGGGAAGGAGGGGCCUGUGGUAACCGGGGGGAGGCCUCUGGUAACCGAGGAGGGGCAUGCAGUAACCAGGGAGGGGCCUUUGGUAGAAGGGGAGGAGCGUAUAGUAGCUCGGGAGGGGCCUGUGUCACCAGAGGCAGCAAAGGAGACUGCACCCCCAUCUUCCAUCCCACCCACGUCCACAGACCAACCAGUUUCUUCCGAGCUUGGGGCCGAGCCAGAACCUUCCGAGCUUGGGGCCCAGCCAGCAUCUUCCGAGCCUCUUUCAGAGCCUGUCCCUUCCGAACAGCUUCUUUCUGAGCCACCAGCUCCAGCAGCAGCGAAACCUGCAACGGAUGUGCUCUCCACUGCUGCAGCAGCUGCUGAACCAGCUAAGCCGUCGGUUGUUGCUGCUACUGCUGAGUCGUCAGGUCCCGAUGUUGCUGCUGCUGAGUCAGGAGGAUUUGGUGCUGGCACUGUUGAGUCAUCACGGCGUACUACCACUGACAGUGAACGGGAAACAGAGAGGCAGAGUGGUGAACCUAGAGGAGUGGCUGGUGAUUUCGCUGGUGCCAAGGCUGGUGGUGAGUAUGCUGCUGCGACUUGCACUGGUGGUGAGAAGGGGCAGCAUGCUGUGAUGGCAGAAGCAGGUGCUGGUGGUGGUGGUGGUGGCAGUGGGGGUGACAAGGAGCGUGUUUCCAUGGUUCAUGCUGUGAUGGCAGCAGCAGGCGCACGUGCUGCUGCAAGCAUGGCAGCAGGAGGCAAGGGUGCCGACGGAACCAGCAGCCCGGGCAUAAGGACUCCAGGUGGUAUGGGUGCUCUUAGUGGCUUGGGUGGCAUGGGUGGCGCAAUGGGUGGUACACACGGUGUGAGGAGGGAGGAGAGCGCAGCAAGUGAAUGGAGCAGCCAGUCACAGGAGGGGUCGCCGCGUGGUGCAAGGAGAAAGCAGCUGAGCGAGGUGGAGGAGAUGAUUGGAGAAGGGCAUGAAGGGGUAGCAGGGGAGGUGGCGGAUGGUUCUACAUCGGAGGAGCCUAAAAUACUGUCACCGACUGGUGCAAGAAUGACGCAACUGAGCGAGGUGCAGGAGAUGAUUGAGGAAGGGGACGAGGGGGUAGCAGGGGACGAGGUGGCGAAGGAACAGGGAAAGGAAGAGGAGAGCGCAGGAUGGGGAGAGCAGGCCGAGUUGGUGGGGUCGAAAGGAGGAAUGCUGGGGGCACGGAUGAUGGGGGAAGGAGAGGAAGGGGUGAUGGAGGAAGAGGUGGAGAGGGAACGGAUUGGAAGGGAACUGCAAGGAGAAGAAGAACAGGGAGCAGAAAAGGGAGCAGAAAGGGAAGCGGGAAGGGAAGCGGAAAAAGGAGUUGAAAAGCAGGGUCCAGGACCAGAAAACAGGGAGAGGGACGAGGAGGGAGAGCAGGAUGAGGCUGGGACGGCACAGGAAGCUGGUGUUGUGGAGGGACAUGUACCUGCCGCAGCUGGUAUUGCUGCUGCUAUUGCGGAGGAGGGAGAGGUGCUUGAUGGUAUUGCUGCUGCUGUUGAGGAGGAGGGAGAGGUGCUUGAUGGAAUCGGUGCUGCUAUUGCGGAGGAGCAAGAGACACUUGAUGGUAUUUCUGCUGCUGUUGCGGAGGAGGGAGAGGCCCUGGGUGAUCGUGAUGGUGGUGGUGCUGCUGCUGAGGAGGGAGAGAUAGCUGCUAAUGCUGCUGCUGCAGAGGAGGAAGAUGCGCCAGCUGCUUUUGCUCCAGAAGAGGGAGCGGUGGCUGAGGUUCCAGAGGCAGCGAGAGAGGAACUGGCAGACGAGGCGCCAACACUUGGCACCAUGGUUGCAGCUAUGCUACCCUCGACGGUGGUGCGGAUGCUGGGGUUAGAAGGUAAGGGCGCGGCAAGCACGGGGCAAGAGGGGAAGAGGGAGAAGCUGGAGGAGGCAGAGGAGGGGCAGCGGGAGGAGCAGGCAGGGUGGAAGGAGCGGGAGGAGGGGAAGCGGGAGGAGCAGAAGCAGCAGGAGCAAGUUUGGCGGCAGGAGACGCAAGAGAAAGAAAAGCAGCCUCCACAAGCUCAAAGUCAUGGAGAAGAAGGGGCGGAGGGAGCUGAGGUAAUGCCUGCUGGGGAGGGUGAAGGUGAGCCAUCUGAAACUGCUUCCGCCAAGAUUCCUGGACAGAGAGGGUCUGACAUGCCGCCAGAAACAGUGGCAUCUGAGGUGCCAGGAGAAAGCGUGUCAGGGGAGACAGGACAGUCCGGGCAAGAAGCAGAGAGGGGCUGGGCUGGGCUGAGCCGAUGCAGCAGAUCCGAAGAGGGGGAAGGUGGUGUGGUUCGGGAAGGGGAUGUAGUUAAGGGUGGGGGUGUGGUUCAAGGAGAACAUAUCGCUGAACCAGUGGGAGAAGCAUGGCAUGUGGGUGAAUCAGGUGGGGCUGGGUUGGAUGUGACUGCGACUGGGUGUGAGACUGGAUGGGGGGAAGAGGAGCUGGAUGAGCCAAUGAGCGUGGAGGAGAGCGCUCGGCUGGUGGAAGAAGCAAGAGGGGAGCUGCAAGGGGCGCGGGAGGACAUGGCUAAAGCAUUGGAGAGGCAGAUGCGUGUCUUGGCUGUGUGA